CCUUCAUUUGUCCCUUUUUGUCACUUCGUAUCUUUCUCUUCCCUCUCCCAGCCCGACAGCACAUCUCCCGUGGUGUCCCCCCACCAGUCCCCACCGACGUCGCCCCAAGCCUGGAGGAAGCACAAGCGGCAGGCCAGCGGCGGAAACGUGGAGAGGCAGCCAGUGGUGGGCAACGUGUGGCCGCACUUCAGAGAAGCACAAUCAGGUCCCGUGGCUGGUGAUGGUAUGUGGUCCGGCCACUCCCCUCCUCCGGUUCAGGAAUCCUGGGAGAGCACAACAAUUCGGACAGUGGCGUCCUCGGCUGCAACCAACGAGAUCCAAAGACAAACCAGCGGCUAUGACGACCCCUGGAAGAUUACGGACGAACAGAGACAGUAUUACAUCAAUCAGUUCAAGACCAUCCAGCCAGACCUCACAGGGUUCAUUCCCGGUUCUGCAGCUAAAGAGUUUUUCACAAAAUCAAAGCUGCCUAUUCUAGAAUUGUCUCAUAUUUGGGAGUUGUCGGAUUUCGAUAAAGAUGGCGCGCUGACACUGGACGAAUUCUGUGCUGCCUUCCAUCUGGUGGUUGCUCGGAAAAACGGUUACGACCUCCCCGAGAAGCUUCCAGAAAGUCUCAUGCCAAAGCUCAUCGACCUGGAUGACUCAGCCGAAGUCACGGAAGCUGCUCAUGAUGUGGUAUACUCGGGCUCACCUGUGGAGGUCACCCCCAACAAGUCCCCCUCCAUGCCUUCCCUCAACCAGAACUGGCCCGACAUCAACCAGAGCAACGAGCAGUGGGAGACUUUUAGCGAGCGCUCGUCCAGCUCACAAACUCUGACCCAAUUUGAUUCUAACAUUGCACCAGCUGACCCUGAUACAGCCAUAGUCCACCCCGUCCCCAUCCGCAUGACCCCCAGCAAGAUCCACAUGCAGGAGAUGGAGCUCAAGAGAGCAGGAAGUGACACGAAUCCGACCAGCCCUCUCCUGGCCCAACCCCCUGAGCUCUCUGAGGAGAAUAAACUACCAGCUUCAAUUAAAUUUCCUGGUAACGCUGUAGGUGACGGCUAUAGUAGUUCAGAUUCAUAUACAUCAGACCAAGAACCAAUGGCCAGUGUUGUAACGCGUCAGAGGUCUCAUUCAGGGACAUCUCCUGAGGGGCUGAAGGUCGUGGCCCCCCCUCCGCCUCCCCCCAGACCCCACGCCUCUCACUCCCGCUCCUCCUCACUAGACAUGAACCGAAACUUCGCCGCCGUGACCUCAGGUCAGCAGCAGCCGGGUGUGGUGGCGUUCCCUCCAGCAGUGCCUCCCAGGCCGCAGCCCACGCAGGCUGCUGGUCCUCACAGCCAUCGUCCAGUAGAGGGCGACAGUCUGCCGGCCCUGUGUAGCACGUCCCCCCAACAGAUCCCCGAGCAGCCAAACUUCGCCGACUUCAGCCAGUUCCAGGCCUUCGCUGACCAGCCCACCGAGGACGCAGAGAAUCACGCCGAAAACGCACAGGUGGAGAAAGCUGGAGAGGCAGCAGGUCCCUUGAGGACGGUGAAAUCCGACGGCCAAAGUGAAGAAAGAGCCGCCGCUACUGUGAACUCUGCCAAAGGAGCCAGCGGGCCCCUGGCCCCUCCGCCCAAGCCUGUGCGCCGGAGAUUGAAGUCAGAGGACGAGCUGAGGCCUGAGGUGGAGGAGCAGCCCCCCCCGAAGUCCAGUGUCAUCGCCGCUGUCCUCGCCACGCAGCCUUCCAUUCCACGGUCUGUCGGUAAAGAUAAAAAGGCCAUUCAAGCUUCCAUUAGAAGAAAUAAGGAGACGAAUACAGUCCUGGCCAGACUCAACAGUGAGCUCCAACAGCAGCUAAAGGACUUGCUGGAAGAGAGAAUAUCUUUGGAAGUUCAGCUGGAGCAGCUGAGACCAUUUUCCCAUUUGUAACCCGUUUGUUUCCGGAACAAUCCACAAGAAGUGAUGAAGGGUCAGACAGAACCUCCAGCAGGAUGCACAUGUUCACCCCCAUCUCGCUGUGUGUGUCUGUGUUUGUGUGUGUGUGUGUGUGUGUGCGCGUGUGUGUGUGCGUAUAUGAAAAGAAUAACACCUUACUCAGCAUAUACAUCUAUACAAAGACAUAUAGGUGGUGUUGUGGUGUUGCGUGUGAACGACAAACAUUGCAUCUGGGAGAAAGCUAACGCAUACAAUCACCAAGAGCAUGGCAUCUCGGGCGGCUUUUGAAGGGUAGGAAUGUUACACAUUUUGGCACUUUCAUGAAGACGAAUAGUCAAUGCAACGACCCGUCAUUGUGGUAGACGUCCAUCCUCUCGGUGCCUGCACCAGAGCCUCGAAGGCCUCGCUUUUACGGCCUUUUGCUGGGUAGCUCGAGAGAGAGAGAGAGAGGGGUGAGACCUCUGUGUUUUUGUACCAUGAUUCCUUGGGGUACGUUGGAUUAGCAGGAGUGGAGCUGUGGCAAAGGUCUUGGGACUGAGUGAUCUUGUGAGAUCUUUUGACUGACCCAGUGUGAGGAAGGAUAAUCACGACUUAUGGGGAAACACCUGGGGGGGUUUAAGUUUUUUUUUUUUUUUUUUUUAUAUAAAUCUCUGCUUUAAAACGGGUUGAGUUUAUCUUACAGGCAUAGUCUAAUGGGCUCAAUCAGGUCCAGCAGGCUCAAUUAGGAUCAGUAGUUAUUCCUGUAAGGGGGUAAUGGAUACCAUUGUCAAAGUGGGUCUGAUUCUCAAAGAAAAAUGGAUACCAUUGUCUGUUUUGGUUCGAUUCUCUGACUGAGAGGAGAGGCUGUUGGGAGACGAAGGCAUGAGGCGUGAGACUGAUUGUGGCAGGCCAUCUUUCAUUGUCUCACCGUCCUUCAUACAGAGUCAUUGACUGCAUAGGGGCCCGUGUUUCGUGUGCGUGUGAGUAAGUGUGUGUGUUUAUGUGUGUGUGUUCAAGAGGUAGUGUUACAUGUGUACGGAAUCCCCCAACAAAACUCUGCUUCCGAUAAAUAUAUGUAUGUUUUGUUUUUUAACCCCCCCCCCCAAGUGCUCUCUGUGAUGUUACAAAGGGUGUAGCCCUCUUGUACAGUCCUUUACCUGAGAUGACUGAUGUCCACCACCCUGACCCACUUCCUCCUCCUCCUCCUCCUCCUACCAUUCUCUUCCUCCAUACAUGCACAUACACGGGAAACGCUGCCUUCUUUAGCAUGGUACAUUAUCAGAGAC